CGGGUAACGGCACCGGAAACACUUCUAGCUUGCAGAAAGGCGGAUCCCUUUCAGCUACUUUGCCUUUCAGAACUUCUUUUGAGCCUGUAUUUACCUGCCAUUCCUCGGCGGGUCACGCCAAAUCCAACAAAAAUCGUUUUCUUAAGUAUUGAAACGACAUUUUAUUCAGUCGAGUUCUGCAACCUUACUCACCACGACGACAGACGGCUAGCUAGCUAACUUUAACGCAUUAGCUAGCAUUUAACUUGACAACUGCCCUGCAGCAUAACAGGGAAGGAGCAACACCGGAGCAAACACAGGAAAAUGGGAGAUAAAGAAUUGAUGUGGGCAUUGAAGACCGGAGACCUCGAUGAGGUGGAAGCCAAACUAGUAACGGCUGAAGAUGUAAACCGGACCUUGGAAGGUGGGAGGAAGCCUCUGCACUAUGCUGCAGACUUUGGUCAGACAGAUGUGGUGGAGUACCUCAUUUCUAAGGGAGCAGAUAUUAAUGCUCCAGACAAACACGGGCUCACUCCACUGAUCUCUGCCUGUUUCGAGGGUCACGCCUCCUGUGUCAAGGUCCUGCUAGAAAAGGGAGCUGACAAAGACCGAAAAGGACCGGACGGCAUCAGUGCCUUUGAAGCUGCCGAGGACGAUGCCAUAAAGGCUCUGCUCAAGUGAGACCGCACAGUGUUGGAUGUGGCUGGGCAGGUGGGUGAAUGGACAGACAGAUGGAUGCAGUGGUCCCCUGACAGAAGAUGGACUUGCCUCUUUUACCCUUACCACUGCUUUUGUCUGUUUGUUGGGGGGUCAUUGUGUCCGUCUGGUGAUUUUCCUUUACCUUGUUUUGUUUUUUUUCCCCCAAGUUUUUGGGAUAGGAUUUUCUCUUGUUUUGGCCUCUGUUUGUAGCCAUUUAACAGCAGGACUUGUCAGUUAUUUCUCCCUUAGGGACCAAACACUGGGGGAGCCCUCUCGCACCUGGAUCCUAGAACUCUGCUCAGACUAGAAAUCACACUCUGUAAUGUAAACGCAAAGCUUAGCACUUAAAUACACAUCUCUCAUUUGCAGUUCUCUCUUGCAAAUCAAAUGGUAAUAGAUCAAUAGUGUGUUAACAAUUUUUUUACAACUUCAAUAUAAAGUAUUGUAUGGCCAGGGCUUAAUCCCACAAAAUGAACAGUAAUUGCACUGUACUGUACUUGAUAGAUUGAAAAGAGAGGUUGUAGAACACAUUAUAUUAACCUUUCAAUAUGUGUGGCCUCGUCCUCUAACUUGAUUUCUUUUUUAAUAGACCAGACCAGUCCCUCCAAUCCAAUUUUUUUUUUUUUAUUUUGGAAAGGUUGGUUGAGAGAGGUCCAGGGGUUGAAUUUUCCUUUUCUACUCAGCAUAUCACUUACAUAUCAAAUCGUGUUUUUGACAAAUUUUACGUUGGUCAUGCAUUAAUGAUAUUCUGUAUUCUUUGACCAAUCAUCAUGCUGGUUAACUAGAAAGACUUGAAUGUUGCAAUUUUAAAAUUGGUUACUGAAUCCCUUUUCGAAACAAUGUUAACAGCACAUAAUAGAAUAAGCAAUUCUAGAUAGGUUAUUUUUGUCAUCCCUGGAGUGAGAGCAAAAAUUUUUUGUUGCAGCUUCUCUGUGUAUUUUGUAAUUGAUGGGCUCUGGGGGCUCUGAAUGAUGGGUAAAUGGGGGUUAGAGUUGAAACUGGAUGGUGGGGGCUGUUAGCAUUCCCCUUGCCUUGGAAUUGGUUAGAAGCCCUGCCUGUUUUGCUGCAUGACAAAAUUGCCUUUGCUUUUAUGCUAUGAAAUGGUCGCUGGUCCUCUCUUAGUUGCUUUCAAAUGAAUUACUACUAUUUAAUGGACAAAACAUGCUCUUGCUGACUUUGUUGUGACAAAAAGUAUGUAAAACAGAAAUAAAAAUAUCUAUAAAAAACAA